GCCCUGAUUUCUUCUUGGAUGCAAUGGGUCGCUUUGGAACCCAGGGUCGAGCGGGCACUGCUCGCAGUCGCUUACAAUUUUCAGCGGUUUUAGCAUGUGCUUUUCUGGCCUCACAAUGCUUCGUGGCACCCCGAUGGCCGAGCCGGACGCAACGUGAAGGAAGCCGCCUGAGAGUUGCGACCGAGUUACCAGAGUUUGACUUGAAUAGUGUUGUUGACCGAACCGAGAUGCAACUCUGCAACACGACCUUGAAGCUAGUGAGCAAUGUCUUUGGAUUCCCAGACUAUGAGAGUUUGCUGACCUUACACGACAAUGGCACCGUUCGCUUCUACGCUGGCAUGGUCAGCAAAGGGCUUGGCGCUUGGUCUGUCAUCGAGGGUGAUCCAGAGGAAGGUGAAGAUCCCAGUGAUCUUUUCAUAGAGUGGACUCAGCCACUAACUGACGCCUACAAGGAUGCUUUCAUCGUUCCAGGAGGCACUGCAUUUUGGAGAGGGAAGUUGAACUUUAAGACCACCAAAUCGAAGAAGCAAAAGGUCUUUGUGGAAGGCGGCAUCAUCGUCUCGGAAAGAGAGAAAGAGGGUCCUUUUGGUCAAGAGAGCAUUGUGCGCGAGGGCAUUUUUUCUGCAGAGAGUGCAAGUGCCAAGAUGAUCGAGGAGACCAAGCGCAAGGCGCGGGAGGCGUUCGCUCGUGCCUUGACAACGCCCAAGGCGGAGAGCAGUGGCUUCAAGACACCAGCAAGGAUCGCCGGAGCAGGCGGCACACGCGUCAAGAAAGCGUUGCCCGGCACUUCCAUCGGAGGGAAGUUGGACAAGGGCGACUUGGACUUGCUGGAGGAUGGUCAAGGAAAAACCUGAGCUCCAGGGCGGCCCAACUUGUUUCACCAUUGGCAAUGGGGUCACCCCAAGUUCCACCACAAGAAAA